GGCUCAGGCAGCACCGGAAGCGCAGGGGGAUGGGGCGGCGGUGACGCGAUUCUGGCCGCGUUGGAGGGGCCUGGCCGCGGUCGGAGUAGCCGCGGCCGCCGAGUGACGUGGCACAAGCCGGAGCCUAAAAGCCCGAGUCAGUUGACGCGCCAGUCGCUCAGCGGGUCCUCGCUCCGCUAGUUACUGUCCGGGCGCUUGCGCCUCUCGGCACACGGGCUAGCGAGACGUCCCCGCCACCCUCUUUCUUCCUCAGCUCUUUCUCUUCCCUCUUGUUCUGUUUGCCGGGAGCGUGAAAGGAGAAGGCCCAGGGACGCCCCGAGCCCCUCCUGCCUCUGCCCAUCGCAAGUGCCACUACCGCCAUGGGCCUCACCAUCUCCUCUCUCUUCUCCCGCCUCUUCGGCAAGAAGCAGAUGCGCAUUUUGAUGGUUGGAUUGGAUGCUGCUGGCAAGACAACCAUUCUGUAUAAACUGAAGUUAGGGGAGAUAGUCACCACCAUUCCUACCAUUGGUUUCAAUGUGGAAACAGUAGAAUAUAAAAACAUUUGUUUCACAGUAUGGGAUGUUGGUGGCCAAGAUAAAAUUAGGCCUCUCUGGAGGCAUUACUUCCAGAAUACCCAGGGUCUUAUUUUUGUAGUAGAUAGCAACGAUCGUGAAAGAAUUCAAGAAGGAGCAGCAGUGUUGCAAAACAUGCUUGAGGAAGAGGAGUUGAAAGAUGCAGUACUGCUGCUUUUUGCAAACAAACAGGAUUUGCCAAAUGCUAUGGCCAUCAGUGAAAUGACAGAUAAAUUAGGUCUUCAGUCUCUUCGUAACAGAACAGUAAUGGUAUGUUCAAGCCACUUGUGCUACACAAGGAACUGGUCUGUAUGAGGGACUUGACUGGCUGUCAAAUGAGCUUUCAAAACGUUAAAUGAAACUGGCUAUCUAACCAAGGACAUGUUUGAUAGAAUUGGUCUAGGCUUGUUACAACAAAAUUAGUUUGCAUCUUGUUUAUUAAACAGUAUCUGGGACUGGUUCGGGCAGAAUAUUACAGCAUUUAAACUUACUUUGUUGCCAAUUAAUGUUGACCAAGUAAAAUGUUGCUAUUUAGCAAUGUACUUGGUUUUAAAGAAAUUCUCCUUGGGGAAAAAAUAGUCCUCUUAAUUUUACUUUCCUUAAGCCUGAAUGCCUGGACAGAGCUAUUGUGAAACCUUCAAAUAAAUCCGUUUUGAAUGUUUUUUGAGCCUACAACAAAUAAUGUUUUAAAGUUACCCCCUUGCUACUUUACGAUACCUUGAUCAUUCCUGGGACAGUCUGCUGAUUUAGAAAUGUAGCAUUCCAUUUGUAUUUAUUUAUCUCCCUUGCCAAAAAGAUUUUCUAAUAUGCUUAUACCAGCCAGGGAAAUGCUCCAAAACACUAUUCAGCUCUCUUGCACUGGGGAACUUAUGUUUUUCAGCCAUAUUGACUACUGGUUCUGUCAGCCAAACUUCCCUUGGUAUGGUUUGGAUUUGAUAUCUAAUUAGCUAGUUGCAAAGAGUUCAUAUUGAGAUUAUUUUUAAUACUCAGCAGAUUGUCUUCCUUUAAAUUGUAUCUUUUUUAUGUUGCAUGUUGCUUUUGGUAUCAGCCAAUUUGCCCAGUAUAUGAUAGUUCUACUGAUGUUUUGUUUAUUGGUGAACAUAUCGUCAUUAAGAGUUUUUGGAAACGUCAUACUCAACAAAUUCAAUGAGUAAAUUUUCUUCAUAACCCAUUUGGAAUUAUUCCUAAUAAAAUAAUAAAAUGUAAAAUUAUGUGUGUUCUUUUUGAGUCUUGAAGGUGCUUGAAAUGGAUUUUUCUUAGGUAGCAAAGUUGAUUUGCGCAUUUUACAUGCUAUGAACAAUAACACAGAUCCCAGUGGUUUACUGAUUGCUUAAAGUGGAAAUAAAAUAUGGGUUGUUAUGUAUAAAAGAGUGGGGAGCAACAUCAGAAACUUAGUUUUCUUUGAUAAAUUACCAUUUGUAAAGAGUAAGAGUAAGCAGCUGUAAUAAAAUGAACUGCCCAAAAAA